AUGAUAGAAAUUAAGGUCCCGUCGGGUCCCGUCGGGUCCCGUCGGGUUCGGUCAAAGAUCUUCAGUCGUCCGACAUCCUGUUCAGGCGUCAACACUUCAGGCUUCCUGUCCGUUGUCACUACCCGAUACUCUGUCAGGCUGGUGAAUGGGACCAGUCUGUGCUCAGGCAGACUGGAGGUGAAGACUAACCAGUCUACCCAGCGCUGGUCCUCAGUGUGUGAAAAUGACUUUGACCAGCAGGAUGCAGAGGUGGUCUGUAGGGAGCUUGGCUGUGGGGCUCCUUCAGUCCUCCAGGGGGCGCUCUAUGGAGAAGUGGAGCCUCCAAUGAGGACCAAAGAGUUCCAGUGUGGAGGCCAUGAGUCUGCUCUCCUGGACUGUAGCAGCUCAGGCUCAGAUAGAAACACCUGCUCACCUGGAACAGCUGUUGGACUCACCUGCUCAGAGCCUGAUGCUGUCAGACUGGAGCCUGAAGGCAGCAGCUGCUGCCUGCAGAGAGUCAGACUGUGGCUCUGCUGUUUCUGUAGAAGAGAGAGAAGAGUCCUCAGACAGAUCUGUGUGGGGAUCAGGUCUGACUGUGUUGAGUCUGGAUCUACUCUGAGGGAGUGUGCUGCAUCAUCAGGUUCCUCUUCCUCCGUCCUUCAUCUCACCUGUUCAGACUCUGUCAGGCUGGUGAAUGGGACCAGUCUGUGCUCAGGCAGACUGGAGGUGAAGACUAACCAGUCUACCCAGCGCUGGUCCUCCGUGUGUGAAAAUGACUUUGACCAGCAGGAUGCAGAGGUGGUCUGUAGGGAGCUUGGCUGUGGGGCUCCUUCAGUCCUCCAGGGGGCGCUCUAUGGAGAAGUGGAGCCUCCAAUGAGGACCAAAGAGUUCCAGUGUGGAGGCCAUGAGUCUGCUCUCCUGGACUGUAGCAGCUCAGGCUCAGAUAGAAACACCUGCUCACCUGGAACAGCUGUUGGACUCACCUGCUCAGAGCCUGAUGCUGUCAGGUUGGUGGGAGGAGCCAGUCGCUGUAGAGGAACACUGGAGGUGAAACAAGGAGAAUGGAGACCAGUGAAGGACUAUUACUCUGACUGGAGCCUGAAGACAGCAGCUGCUGCCUGCAGAGAGUCAGACUGUGGCUCUGCUGUUUCUGUAGAGAGAGAAGAGUCCUCAGACAGAUCUGUGUGGAGGAUCAGGUCUGACUGUGUUGAGUCUGGAUCUACUCUGAGGGAGUGUGCUGCAUCAUCAGGUUCCUCUUCCUCCGUCCUUCAUCUCACCUGUUCAGUCCCCAUCCUGACCACGCCCAUCCCCACUCUGGCCAUGCCUUUACCAUGUGGCGAACAUGAGGUGUGUUUAGGGUCCCCCAUGUGUCCAGGCCCUCCCCUUACAUUAGGUGAGUUUGACGUGGUGUGA